GGCAGAGAAGCGGGUUCCCCUGGCGUCGUUAACCAUGUCGGGUAGAAAGCCCAGGUCUGUGGCAAACCCCCUGGAGUCUGCGAUCACCACACCGAGUGAGAGGAUACUGAAGGAGUGCCACAAUCUGUAUGUGGACAGCGAAAACGGCUUGGUAAAAAUUGCCAGCAGCCUGGGAGUCCGUCUUCUGCCUCCCAGAAAGAAGAUCAUCGUGAUGAUAAUGGGUAACCACUCUGCAGGAAAGAGCUCCUUCAUUAACUGGUAUGUUGAAGAGCACAUUCAGAAAACUGGGGUGGCCAUCGAAACGCAGGGGUUUACCUUCAUCACAAGUGGACGCAAAAGAGAAUCUCUGACGGGGAAUGCAACGCUGCAUCUCUAUCCUCACUUUCGACCGCUCCUGGAGUUCAAAGGUGUUACUGACUACCUAUCUGCUGAGAUCUCCACCUCCAAGCAGAAGAAAUUCAGCCUGGUGACUUUCGUGGACACUCCGGGUUUGGUGGACGGGGACAUGAUCUACCCUUUUGAUGUGAAUAGUGCCAUCACUUGGUUGGGAGAACAGGCAGACCUGAUAUUUGUGUUCUUUGACCCGAUGGGCCAAGCGCUUUGCAAACGCACGCUCAACAUUGUGGAGAAGCUGAGCCAAAAAUGCGCAGACAAGCUGUUGUUCUACCUCAGCAAGGCAGAUGAAGCUGGGAAGGAGACAGACAGACAGAGAGUGAUGAUGCAGAUAGUCCAAGAACUGUGCCGCCGUCCAGGUCUUAACAAAUGUGGCUUUGAGAUGCCAACAAUAUACAUCCCGAACCCACAGAAGCCGAGCAGGUGUGUGAACCAGAUCGAUGGCGUUUGUCAGACCAUCGAGAAGACCAUUAACCAGGCUGUUCAGAAGACACUGAAUCAGCUGGAGAAAGAUUCUGACCUUAUUUGUUCCACUAUCAGCAGCAGACUAGAGCAGGACAGGGCUGAUGUGGCUUGCAACAAAAGCAUCCGUCUUCAUUCAUUCCUGUGCGGUGCUUUGGGUGUUUUCCUGCCUUUACUCUUCAUCCUCAGUUUUAUUGUGAGCACCUUAUCCAAAGAGCAGCUGGAGGAGCUGUUGGGUGAAGGUGCAACUCGAACCAUCACUAUCUUCACAGGAAUAGUGAUGUAUUUAUGGGACUGGAUACCUGAAGAUGGGCAAGUAGUCUUUGUCAUCAUUUUUGGGGCUUUUUGCUACCUCCUGCUUUUCCUGGCAAAGUAUUUUGCAGGCCGGAGGAAUAAGACUCUGACGAAGAAGGAGAAGAGGACGAUGACAGAGUACAAUGAUUACAUCCAAGAUAUCGUCAAGACUAAGAAGAGUAAAUUAUAUGAAUGGUACCUCCAGCAGUGUGCAGCAGAAUAUGACCUCUGACCCUGGGUAAGCCGAAGACACUUUGCACCAGUACCUGUAAGCUCGCAGGUGUAAGCUCUAAAUCAGCCGAGAUCACUGCCAGCAAUUAUCAUCUCAGCAGCUGAUUUUAAAAGUGCCUUUAUUACUAAUUAUUGGAGAAGCUAUGAUUGUAGUCGUUUAAUGAAAGUCAGACUGUGACUGGAUUUUUUUUUUUUUAUAGUCUAUGGGUAAUUAUUGCGAGAAAAAUAUGAAAUGUUUACAAAUUACAAAUUUUGAACUUGGGGCUGCCUUUACCAGAAAACACAUUUUCACAGUGUCCUCUAUAAAGUUAGUUCUCAUUGUUGUCAUGUGAUCGGUCUUUAUAUCGCACUACACUGUCCUGAGCACAGUGUUACCAGAAUGUGUUUUAAGCAAUAGCUACAAUAACCAAUGCUGUGAUUAAAGCCUGGGCAUUAUAGUUGGACAUCUGAUAAAAACAUGUUUAUUGCGUUGAAUCCUUCUCUUGCUUCCAAAGAGCCAAUCACUUAUUUUUAUAAAUAAAUCGUUGUCGUGUAAUCAUUGUUAGAUGUUCCACAGACUUUCAGUACAGCACAGUACGGUGGCCUAGAGCAGCAAAAAGAAACAUUUGACGGGAAAGUUGGUGACAACAUUUCUUGUUUGUGACCGGAUAAAAUUCAAGUUCCUGGGAACAGGUUGACUCUAUCAUUAUACGAGCAUGUUUGCCCUACCCCCUGUAGAAACACAAUAUUCCCAUUGUUCAAACCAACAGAGGAUAUUGUAUAUUUUGGCCUUGUGUCACCAUUGUAAUGAUUUAUAUGAUCCAGUCAAAAGGCUGGAUUGGCCUUUUGUUCCCGCCUUACGUUCCUGUCCGCUCUCUACUCUUCUAUCAAAUAGAGGCUAUAAAAAUGCCACCUAGAAAUCCUUGCUGAGGAUCUGCUUUAGCUGCGAAUGGUCCCAUGGUGGGGAUUGUAGCUCUCAGCAUAACACAACCUCAUCUCUUUGACCAUAUUUCUUUUAAGUGGGCCUCAGGGCUUUCAAGUAAGGUUUUUAUAUAAGAGUAGCAUAGAAGCUGGAAAUCUCUCCCGACUGUAGCCGGCGAACUUGAUUUUGUCCAGUCACAAUAAAAAAUGUUGCCCCAACGCUUCUGAGAAAGGUGAGUUUUAUUUUUUUUUUUGUAAUGUUUUUUGUUUGUUUGUUUGAAGUUUCAUUUAGUUCUUGUUGUAGUUUUUGUUGUGUUUUGCACCUCAGGGACACCAUAGUACAGUGCGCUGUCAGGUACCUCUUACUUGUGUUAAUAAGCACUGAAUCCUGCCGGUCCGUUAUUGAUAGAUGUAACUAGUGACACCAUAUAUUGCCUUCACCACACUGUUUGUAGAUGUAUUUAUCAGUGUUGACAGAUGUCAACAUGUGAGGUGCUUUUUCUUAGAGAUGCACUGAUCCAAUGCUCUACAUUACCAUUAGAGCUGCUUUUGAGGUUUUCUUUUUUUUAAUUGCAGUGACUGAUAUAAAUAAACCUCUAACAUUAGUGAGCAGGUUAAUCGGUCACAUGAAGAUGGUUAUCAGCUCGAUAAGUUAACUCACAAUUUUUCUACAUGGCUACGAAUGUGUUUACAUGAACUGCAUCUGCUCAAUCUGUAACAGCAGAUCUGUCCGUUUUAUAGGCUGAUUUUACAAUGGGAGGUAAAACUAUAAUAUUAGAACAAUAUGAAGCAGUCAAACACACACAACACUGGCUGAAAGCAGAGUGUGUGUACGUAAUAGAAAGAUUAUAUUAUUAAAAGGCACUUUGUGAAGAAUUUUGGUCAGUAAGACUGGAAAAGCACUACUACAUUAAUAAAGCCUGGCCGAUUGAAAGCCAGAAAGGAAAGUUGGUAUAAAUGCUGACUGUGUAAGUCAACAGACAUACUAGCAUUACAGCUCUAUCACGAAUAAACAGCCACAGUAAAUUGUGGAUGAGAUGCGUGUAAGGCAAUUGUUGCCUUACUCUUUCAGCUGCAGAAAAAAUAUGAAAAACAGGUCAAAUAUAGGUCUAACUUAGCUGCAAAUGAGGUCCACAUGCACAAAUAUGUGCCCUGUUUUAGCAUCCUAUAUGAAGGAGUCUAUAUCUAUAUUCCUUAUUGAUGCUAAUGACAGAAAAACUUACUCUUCCAGGAAUGGUGAUACUAUUUUCUGCUCCAGAGCAGAUUAGCUGUCUGGCAUAAGUUUCUAUGGUUAUAUAUCCCAGAAAGAUGUGAACUGCCUUUGUAAUCCACAAAACCCAGGCCUAAACUUGAAGUUACCUGGCUAAGAUGAAAUCUUGCUUCAUAAUACAUGAUGCACUGAAAGAGUUGGUGGCAAAAGCACUGAGUUGACAUUUCAGAAUUUUUAUCAGAAUAGAGAAGUUGGAUCGGUGCAUCCUUACUUUUAUCCAAGCCUCCAGGCUAUUGGCAAUAUAGUUGUGGACACUCCCAGUUUGUUUGUUUUUUAAUGUUAGAUGGCUCACAAUUCAGAUUUUUUAUAUAUAUAGUUGUGAAACUUCAUUUAUAAAUUCUGUGAAAUGUUUGUGCUACUGCAUGAAAUCUAGACUCAAGUGAUUUCAUCUAUAUUUUUAAUAACCAUGAAUCAAAGAAUGAAAUCUGUCAAGAAAAACAUGCAAAAACUACGCUCUGUCACCUCUUUGGAAAUCAUUAAACAUUUUUUUUAAACCUGUUACACUUUUUUUUUUUCCAGUUAAUACAGUCAAGAACAGACAUGCAAAUAACAAGUAGAAUAACAUGAAAAAUAAAAUGUAACAUAAAGCA